AUGUCGACCAAUCGACUCCUGCGCCCGAGGUUGGGAUCGACCGAAACCAGACCUCCGGUGGGUGCGAAGCCAAUGGUAGUGCUUACCAAAUUGGCGGAAGAGCAGACCACAGCCACGAGUGGUGCUGCUCGUACAAGCAGUGUCGGCACGAUUCCUGCAGCAGCGACGGUAGUGCCGAUGGAGCGACUGAUUGAGCGUCUGGAGGACCAACUGGCCCUCCUCAGAGUUCAGUUGAUGGAGCAAGCGGAGCAGUUCCGCAAGGAUUUAGCGGCGCUGCAAGAGGGCCAUCGCCAGGAGGUCCUUUACUUGCGGGAGGAGAACCGCAAGGAGCGGGAGAUGGUCUCCGGGUUACUGGCACAGUUGCAGCAGCUGCAACAGCAGCAGCAGCAGGAGCGAGCAGGUGCGGUGACGGCUACGGUGGUGCCGUCUCCGGACCAGGAAGGCGGCUCCUGGGCCGAGGUGGUGCGCCGUAAGCCGGCACGCCAACAGCCGACUCAGCAGCAACAGCAGCAACCUAAGAAGACACGCAAGCGGCCUGACGUGAUUAAGGUGACGCCAGCGGAGGGCGUCAGCUACUUGGACCUUUAUAAAUUGGUACGUACAAGCGAGCAACUCGCUGAGGAGCAAAAACAAAUUGGCGUAGGUAAGCGCACGCCGAAAGACACCCUGAAGCUGCCGCUAAGCCGCGACGUGGAUAGCGCGAAAUUGUGCCAACGAAUCCGAGCUGUCAUCGGUGACAAGGGGGCAGCGAUCGUUCGCACUGAAAUGGCCCAGGUCCUGGUCACUAAUAUCGACUCCCUGGCGAAUGAGGAUCAGCUUCGUCAGGCAAUGCUGACGGCGCUGGGUAAGCAGCAUAUGGAGGCCGCCAUCGACAUGUGGGAGCGAAGAGAUGGAACGAAUCGUGCCCGCGUCACGUUGCCUCGGUCGGACGCGGAGCAUCUGGCCGGGAAGCGUCUACUCCUGGGUCACACCUCGUGUUGGGUGUGGGAGGUGCCGAAAGCGUCGCUGGCGGAGAAGCGGUGCUUUCGUUGCCUGGAGCGUGGCCACUUCGCUGGGCAAUGCUCGGGGGAGGACCGCAGUAAGACCUGCAUCCGGUGUGGCGCGGAAGGCCACAAGGCUGCAACUUGCAUCGGGCAAGUUCGAUGCAUCAAGUGUGGCGGCCCGCACCCGAUUGCCUCCGCCCAGUGCAAAGAUUUGGCCCAGCGAUGA